CGCUAUUCCACCCGUACUCAGACUGUACACAAAUCGAACUUCUGAUCCAAAUCCAAUGCCAUUCAAUGUUCGUCCGCGAUUGUUGAAAGUUUAAGAACAUUAAUCGGCGCUCCAAAACAACGUCACCAUGGGCAAUAAAUCGUCGCUUUUCCUGCGGAACGAGGAGAUCGCGCAAAUUCAGGAGGAGACUGGUUUCACUCCCAAUCAAAUUGAACGAUUGUACUCUCGAUUCACCUCGUUGGAUCGAAACGACUGCGGAACACUAUCCCGUGAGGAUCUGAUGCGGAUACCAGAGCUGGCCAUCAAUCCGCUGUGCGAACGGAUAGUGCACUCCUUUUUCGCCGAGAGCAACGAUGAUCGGGUGAACUUCCGGCAGUUCAUGAACGUCCUGGCUCACUUCCGGCCGUUGCGGGACAACAAGCAGAGCAAGCUGAACAGUCGCGAGGAAAAACUGAAAUUUGCUUUCAAGAUGUACGAUCUGGAUGACGAUGGUGUGAUCAGCCGAGAUGAGCUGCUGUCCAUAUUGCACAUGAUGGUGGGCGCGAACAUCAGCCAAGACCAACUGGUGAGCAUCGCAGAAAGGACAAUUCUGGAAGCGGACUUGUGUGGCCAGGGCAAGAUCUCGUUUGAGGACUUCUGCAAAGCGCUGGACCGUACCGACGUGGACCAAAAAAUGUCCAUAAGGUUUCUUAACUAGGCUGGAUUUAGGAAUCAAGAGAAAAGAGCGAGCUUUUUAGUCAGUGAUUACCAAAUAGUUAAGUACGCAGUCAGUGGAGAAAUAGGUACUCUGGUGAAUUGCUGAAACCUUGAUUGAUUUGAAAACAGUAAUUUCGGUAAUUAUUAAGCCCGUUCAGAUGUUAAAUGUGAAUUUAAAGCAAAAACCGUCUCAAAGUUCAUUAAAAUAUGAUAUGAGAUGAUUUCACGUAUAUUCAGGAUGUAAAGUUAUCAUUAUUCAUUAUUUCAAUGAAAAAAUGUAUAUCUUCAAAUCCCUUAUGAUUGUGCAAUCUACCAUUCGUUAACAGGUGCUACCGAUAUUUAUUGAAAUCAAAUAAUGCAACUUAUAAUUUGUCCUUUGAACACACAAAUUGAUUACUUACAAAUCUUUUUAGGUUUCAGGAAUUCUUCGGAUUUAAUAGUUGUUAUAAAGGAAGAUUUGCGGUUUUCUUUUUGUUAAUACUUUGUUUUAUCGACGAUAGUAAACUCAUUCCGCUUAACGUAAAUUCUAAUAUUGUGCUACUUAAAAAUAAAAGUCAAGCGGAUUCACACAAAUUGUUGAACAUAA